GGGCGGGAGGGCGGGCCCAGGUGGGACCUGAGUCCGAGGGGAAGAUGAGCGCUCUCCUAGAGCAGAAGGAGCAGCAGGAGAGGCUGCGGGAGGCCGCGGCCUUGGGGGACAUUCGGGAGGUGCAGAAACUGGUGGAGAGCGGGGUGGAUGUGAACUCCCAAAAUGAGGUCAACGGCUGGACCUGUUUACACUGGGCAUGUAAACGCAAUCAUGGUCAGGUAGUCUCUUACUUGUUAAAAUCAGGAGCUGACAAAGAGAUUCUUACCACAAAAGGAGAAAUGCCAGUCCAAUUAACAUCAAGGAGAGAAAUCAGGAAGAUUAUGGGAGUGGAAGACGAUGAUGAUGGCGACAACCUGCCCCAGCUGAAGGAGUCAGAACCGCCCUUUGUUCCCAACUACUUGGCCAACCCAGCUUUCCCUUUUAGCUACACCCCUGUGGAAGAGGAUUCGGCCAAGCUGCAGAAUGGGGGUCCCUCCACACCUCCUGCAUCACCCCCUGCAGAUGGAUCACCUCCAUUACUGCCCGCUGGGGAACCUCCCCUCCUAGGGGCCUUUCCUCAGGAUCGAACCUCUUUGGCACUCGUUCAAAACGGGGAUGUGUCUGCCCCCUCUGCUAUACUCAGAACACCAGAAAGCACAAAACCAGGUCCUGUUUGUCAGCCACCAGUGAGUCAGAGUCGCUCACUGUUCUCUUCUGUCCCGUCCAAGCCACCAGUGUCCCUGGAGCCUCAAAAUGGGACAUAUGCAGGGCCAGCGCCAGCAUUCCAGCCAUUUUUCUUCACUGGAGCAUUUCCAUUUAAUAUGCAAGAGCUGGUACUCAAGGUGAGGAUUCAGAACCCAUCUCUUCGAGAAAAUGAUUUCAUUGAAAUUGAACUGGACCGACAGGAACUCACCUACCAAGAAUUACUCAGAGUGAGUUGCUGUGAGCUGGGUGUUAAUCCGGAUCAGGUGGAGAAGAUCAGAAAGUUACCCAAUACGCUGGUAAGAAAGGAUAAAGACGUUGCUCGACUCCAAGAUUUCCAAGAGCUAGAACUGGUUCUAAUGAUAAGUGAAAAUAAUUUUCUGUUCAGAAAUGCUGCAUCCACACUGACUGAAAGGCCUUGCUACAACAGGAGAGCUUCAAAACUGACUUACUAAUGCGGCAGGGACUUUUAUCACUGAGCGUUGUGACAGUGUGCGUCACCUCUGGGCCAAGGACAAGCCAUUGAUCUAAAUGCCUUGGCCGCCUGGGAGGGCCCCCGUGCCCACUAACAUCAUUCUGCCAAGGUAGGAAGCCCCUGACCCCCAAGCAGCGGUGCCACUCUUCCAAGCCUCUUGGUGCACAAUAAACCUAUUGCUCAAAGCUGUGAACACCUGAGAAGUGGCCUGGAGAGGCAGAAGCGACGGUUCUCCAUCCAGUGUGUUUUACGUGCAGCAUGUAAGAGCGUUGUCUAAGCAGAAGCUGAGAGGGAGCAGAGCCUAUUUCUAGCUACUCCUGUUGACAGUGCACCUAAGGCCCAGGAUGCACUUUUCUUGGGGUUGCGUGCUCACAAUUCUGAAAUGUGAACUAACUGGAGAGGAAAACUGGGGAAGCACAGGUACUGGACAAAUGGGCUUUAGUGUGUCUUGUGACUGAGGUUUCAUAUAACAUAUUUAUAAUAUUACUCAGGUUAAAAGUAUUUAAGAAUACAUUUACCUAGUUGUAAAUCUGCUGUUAACCAAAAGAGCUUACCCUCCCCCACUUUUUCCUUUGUCAACAUUCAUGACUGUUUCUGUCUCUAGUCUGCCGUCGCCUAGAUUGUCAUCGCUGCAUUAACUCCCCUUCAUGGUCACUAGAGGGCUCUCCGAUGCUUUCCAACAGAGCAACCGCUUUUUUUUUUUUAAACUCUAAAGUGAUUCCUGUCAUCUAUCUGUUUAAUUGCACCAAACAAGAAGAGCACAAACAUUGCCUGUUCAUGUUCUCCACUUUCAUUUUCCACUAGAAAUGAAAAGCAAUUUUUGAGACUGAA